AUGAUGAAAUUCAUGGAGAAACGCGGGGAGCUGACAUUUGACAAUAUCUUCAAUCAACGGCUCGGCUACCUACUAUUUAAAGACUUCUGUCUAAACUACAGUGAAGUACCCGUUCCUCAGAUCCGGUUUUACGAGGAGAUUCGAAAACUGGAGAACCUGGAAACAGAUGAGGAGAGGAUAGCCCUUGGCAAGGAGAUUUAUGACCAAUUCAUCAUGAAAGAUCUGCUCUCCCAUUCGCACGUAAGCAUGACGCUCUUUUGA